AAUCGGAGAGCUCUAUCGCCUCUGGUCGUAUGUGCGUUGGACUCAAACUUGAAACCAAGGUGAGAAUAUUGCAAACAUUUAAAUCAGAAAUCAUAAAAAAAAAAAAUUAGAGAGACAAAAGACAAUAUCAACUUAAAUGUUGAACUCAUAUUUAAACAUUAACGUACAAUUGCUUAUUACAGAGCUGUGGCAGAAACAGAAGUCUCAUUUGGUCUCAUCGUUAUCAACCCUUCUAACAGCUGAUCUGACCAAGUUUUUACCACCAGGUGACUUUACGCGUCUGCACCAUUUCCAUUCUCUCUCUCUCUCUCUCUCUCUCUCUCACCCUCUCUCUCGCUCUCUCUCUCACCCUCUCUCUCACACACCCCCUUCUCCCUCUCACACACUCUCUCUCUCGGAGCCAGAGAGGGGAGCUCGGUCUCUCUCUCCUCCACCACCAGCACCACCACCCACCGGGGCUUCCUCCGCAGCCUCCCGCCGCUCCUUCUUCUUCUUCUUCUUCUUCUUCAUCAUCAUCAUCACCGUCAUCAUCAUCAUGGACCCGGGGACUAAAAGAAUCGCUUGGAUUAUCGCCCGCGUCCUGCUGCUUCUCUCCAGCUCGCACGGGACACACGGAGACGGGGUGUGCGACGGCCCGCUGGUGUCCAACCUGCCGCCGUCGUCUUUCAGGAGCUCCGGCCAGCUGUCCAGCAGCCACGCGCCGGGCUUCGCCAAACUCAACCGGAGAGAAGGAGCUGGAGGUUGGUCCCCGCUCAGCUCCGACGGGUACCAGUGGCUGGAGGUCGACCUGGGCGAGCGGACCGAGGUCACGGCGGUCGCCACCCAGGGCCGCUACGGCAGCUCCGAUUGGCUGACGUCGUACCUGCUGAUGUUCAGCGACACGGGACACAACUGGAAGCAGCACAGACAGGAGGACAGCGUCGGGUCUUUUCCGGGCAACAGCAACGCAGACAGCGUGGUUCAGUACAAGCUGCAGCAGCCGGCGGUCGCCCGCUUCCUGCGCCUCAUCCCGCUCGACUGGAACCUCAGCGGGCGGAUCGGACUCCGGCUGGAGACGUACGGGUGUCCUUACACCUCUGACGUGGUGAGCUUCAACGGCGGCGGCGGUCUGGUGUACAGGCUCGCCCCCGGCCCCGGCCCGACCAGGACGUCCAGGGACGUCGUCUCCCUGAAGUUCAAAACCCUGAGGAACGCCGGGACGCUGCUCCGUGCGGAGGGGCCGCACGGCCUCGGCCUCGGCCUGGAGCUGGAGCGAGGGAAGCUUCAGCUGCUGCUGCUCAGACACGGCGGGACUUCGCCCGCCGAGCGCCGGCGCCUCGCGUCCCUCGGCAGCCUGUUGGACGACCGGCACUGGCACCGCGUGGCGCUGGAGCGACGCGGCUCUCACCUCAACCUCACCGUGGACAAACACGCGGCGAGGGUCCAGGUCCCCGCGGAGUUCAGCCACUGGGACGUGGAACAGCUGAGUGUAGGGGCAGUCCGGACACCUGACGUCUCCAAGAGGAACUUCCACGGCUGCCUGGAAAACCUGCUGCACAACGGCCUCAACGUGAUAGAACGGGCGAAACACCGCGGCGAGCAAGUGACCGUCACGGGCAACGUGACCUUUUCUUGUGCCGAGCCGGUUUCCGUCGCCGUGACGUUCCCCGGCCCGCGGAGCUUCCUCCAGUUGCCGGGGCCGCCGGCGUCGGCGCUCCCCUCGGGCGGCGCGUCCGUGGGGUUUCAGUUCAGGACGUGGAACAAGGCGGGGCUUCUGCUCACCUUUGACCUCGCCCACCGAGGGGGCGUGGUCUGGCUGCACCUGAGUGAGGCCCGGCUGCGGCUGCAGGUCCACAAGGCUGGCAGGGCCCUGCUGGAGCUCAGUGCAGGUUCCGCUCUGAAUGACGGCCAGUGGCACUCGGUGGAGCUCGGCUCCAGGGGAGGACGCCUGACCGUCGCCGUGGACAGAGAGGAGGGAGGCGCCGCUCACGCCGCCGCUUCGUUCGCCGUGGCGCUGGGAAGUCCCCUCUUCUUCGGCGGUUGUCCCGCUGAAGACGCCCGCCAGGGCUGCAGGAACCCCUUCGACGUCUUCCAGGGCUGCAUGCGUCUCUUCGCGCUGGACAACCGCGACGUGGACCUGAUCAUGGUGCAGCAGAAGGAAGUGGGGAACCACAGCAACCUGCACGUCGACAUGUGUGGAAUCAUCGACAGGUGUUCUCCCAGUCACUGUGAACACGGCGGCCGCUGCAGUCAGUCCUGGACCGCCUUCCACUGCAACUGCUCCGACAGCGGCUACAGCGGAGCGACCUGCCACAGCCCCGUGUACGAACAGUCCUGCGAGGCGUACAAGCACAACGGCGACACGUCGGGACACUUCUACAUCGACGUGGACGGCAGCGGACCGAUCGGGCCGCAGCUGGUCUACUGCAACAUGACAGAGGAGAACACGUGGAUGGUGAUCCAGCACAACAACACGGACCUGACCAGGGUCCGACCGUCGCCGGGUGUGAACCAGCGCUCGGUUCACUUCGACUACUACACGGAGGAGGAGCAGCUGUCGGCCGCCAUCGGCCAAUCGGAGCACUGCGAGCAGGAGCUGUCCUACCGCUGCAGGAAGUCCCGCCUCCUCAACACCCCAGAGGGCUCUCCAUUCAGCUGGUGGCUCGGCGGCCGCGGCGCCGGCCGUGUCCAGACUUACUGGGGCGGCGCCCAGCCCGGCAGCCGGCAGUGCGCCUGCGGCCUGCGGGGCGACUGCGUGGACCCGCAGCACUACUGCAACUGUGACGCCGACCGCCCCGACUGGGCUGCAGACUCGGGCCUGCUCACCCACAAGGAGAGCCUCCCCGUCAGGUCCCUGGUGCUGGGUGACAUCCAGAGGCCGGGGUCAGAGGCCGCCUACAGGGUGGGGCCGCUCCGUUGCCACGGAGACAAGAACUUGUGGAACGCCGCCUUUUUCGACAAGGAGACGUCGUACCUCCACUUCCCCACCUUCCACGGGGAGCUGAGCGCCGACAUCUCCUUCCUGUUCAAGACCACGGCCUCGUCCGGCGUGUUCCUGGAAAACCUGGGCAUCAAGGACUUCAUCCGCAUCGAGCUGAGCUCCUCCACCCAGGUGCUCUUCUCCUUCGACGUGGGCAACGGGCCGCUGGAGGUCCGCGUGGACGCCGGCGCCCCGCUGGACGACGACCGCUGGCACCGGGUGCGGGCCGAGCGCAACGUGAAGGAGGCGUCGCUCCGGCUGGACGAGCUCCCCGCCGCCACGCGGCAGGCGCCCGCCGACGGACACUUCCACCUGCAGCUCAACAGCCAGCUGUUCAUAGGGGGCACGGCGUCCAGGCAGAAGGGCUUCCGCGGCUGCGUGCGCUCCCUGCGGCUGAACGGCGCCACCCUGGACCUGGAGGAGAGGGCGAGGAUCACGCCGGGGGUCCGGCCCGGCUGCCCGGGCCACUGCGGCAGCUACGGCGCGCUCUGCCGGAACCGGGGCCGCUGCGCCGAGCGGGCCAACGGCUUCCGCUGCGACUGCGGCCCGUCGGCCUACGCGGGAGUCUUCUGCCACACAGAGGUGUCGGCCGCCUUCAAGCCGGCGACGUCCGUGGCCUACACCUUCAAGGGGCCGUACGAGUUGGCGAGGAACAGCAGCGCCCCGCCGUCCUCCAUCUACUCGGACGUGACGCCGAGGGGCGAGAACGUCUCCCUGAGCUUCAGCACGAGCCAGAGUCCGGCGCUGCUGCUCUACGUGGGCUCCUACUACAGAGAGUACCUGGCCCUGCUCGUCAACAAGCACGAUAAGCUGGAGGUGAGGUACAAGCUGGACAGCAGCAGAGAAGCAGAAGUGUUGCGGAGCAGAGUGAGGAGUCUGGCCAACGGACAACUGCACACGGUUUCCAUCAGGAGGCUGACCGACUCUGUGUCGGUGCAGAUCGACCAAAACGCCAGAGAAGACUUCAACCUGACGUCGGACGGGGAAUUCAACGCCAUCAAGUCCCUGCUGCUGGGCAGAGUGCGAGACUCUGAUGAGCUGGAUCCAGACCUGGCCCGGCUGGCGUCGCUCGGUUUCACCGGCUGCCUCUCCGUGGUCCACUUCAACUCCAUCAGCCCUCUGAAGGCGGCGCUGCUCCACCCAGACUCCAGCCCCGUCGCCAUCGCCGGGCCCCUGGUCCGGUCCGGCUGCGGCGCCUCGGCUGCGGCCAAUCCCUACGCGGCGGAGAACAAACACCACCUGACCGGCCGCUCUGGCUCAGUGGGCUCAGGUCGACCUCUGGUAAACGCCAUCGGGACCGACUCGGCUCUGAUCGGAGGCGUGAUAGCCGUGGCGAUCUUCCUGGUCGCGGCCGGCCUGGCGAUCGCCGGCAGGCUCCUCUACCGGAGGAAAGAGACGUACCGGAACCAGGAAGUGACGCGGGUCGAGCGGGAGGGCGGCCCCGGUUUUCCCUUCCACCACCAGACCGACUCCCUGGACGUCUCCAGCCAAAACCCAAAGGAGUACUUCAUUUAACCCCCCGGCGACCCGGUGGACCCGGGUGGUGUCUGGAGCCGAGGUGCGCAGAUGGGGUCGUCCCGGCCCGGGGGCCUCAGGACUUUACGCUGCGCUCUUCAAGACACUGGAUUUACAGGAGUCGCUCCAUAACAUGUGGAGGGGAAGAAAAAGAAGAAAAAGAAAAAAAGGACCAAUUUGCACAGUGUCGUCUUUCUGUUGCUUUUCUGUACAAACGUUGGACUUUGAGGUGUUGACAUCCUUGUUAUAAUCUGUAUAUAUAGUCCGAAAUGAAUUAAUGUCUUUGUAAUAACCUCUGGCGAAUGUCACUUUUGUCACAUUGAAGUGUUGGAGAACAAAUAGCAGAGGUGUGAGUCAUUCUGAUGGUGUUCAGGUAACCACAAACCCUCCGGGGAGAAUUCAUUUAUUUCCUUUUGCACCUUCCAUCCCACCUUUUUUUUUUUACCCGUAAUUGGGGUUUAAGCUUUUACACAGUGACAUCUUUGAUGCGGAGACAUUACUGCAGAAUGUAAAUGUCCUUCAGCUGGGUUGGAUUUAUAUUACAGUCAAAAAGAAAAACAAUAAAACUUGAGCUCAUAGAUGGGCGCGUCUUGGUAAAAUAGUUCUCCAAUUUAGCAUCAGACUCAUAAAGUUGGAGUCGUGAUGGACUGAUCAAAAUCGAUGCAGUGGAAUGAAAUAUUCUCCCAUGCCACAUUUUCUCCUUUUCAAACUUGCACCUGGGACACACAAGUUUGUUCUUCAUAUGCAGUUAUUUUGUAUUAUUUGUAAAAAAAAAAAGAGAGGACCCAAUGGUUACUGGUGUCACACUACAUUUUCCCACAACUCUGAGGGCAGCGAACGCUCCGUGACCAACCCAUUUGGUCAUGAAUAUGGCAGAGGAACACGUGGUGUGUAUUUCUUUCACAGCGCAGCCCAAUGCCAUCGCACGGCGGCGGGAGGGAGCGCAGCAAGACGCUCGCAGAAACCCGCCCACUGGAGAUGCGACUUCUCAACUCAGCGCGUGGUUCGAGUGACCCAAGCAACUUUGCUCCAGUGAACCUCCUCGGUCGCUCGUCCGUGUGCUCUGGAUUCAUUUGAAGGAGGUUUUUGUACGUUGAUGAGUGCGAACGUUCCCUGCAGCGACAGUCUUGAGAUAUCUGAGCCAUAUACUCAGGGUGGACCGACGCGUUGCUCGUUUCUUUCUUUUCCGACCACGUGGGGUUCACGUUAAAGCCAUGCUAUUGGCUUCCCUUUGCUUGUUUCCUUUCUGCUCCCACUUCAAUCCUCUCUCCUCCCUGCUGCUGCACGCUGGAACCUUCUCCUCCCUCACGCCUCUGAACCGCGAAGCUUUUAACACCGACCGCAGCACAGACGCUCCGGGGCAAGGCAAGUUUAUUUGUAUGGCACCAUUAAUACACAAGGUAACUCAGAGUGCUUUACAGAGGCAUUGAACUGCAGUAAGACAAAGACAUUCGAAUUUGGAAUAAAGGCAAAAUAUUAAGACAUUAAAAUGAAAGCAUUACAUUAAAAUAGAUAUUAAAACAUGAUUUAAUAGCAAUAAAAGUGCAUUUAAAAGACAAUAAUUAAUGAUUAAGAUUAAUUUAUUUUAGGCCCGGUUUAAAUGAGCUGAGCGUUUGAGCGUUUGCUCCAACACUGUGUCCCGUCUGCCACCUCCCCGUUCGGAGACGGCGAAUGUGUUCAUUUCAAAUAGCUCAUCUGCUUCGGUCCGACAGGUGGAUUAGGACUCGAUAGAAGAAGAAGAGAGAUGAGGCAUUACGAGUGUAAUGAAAACACACGUCCUGAUAUGAGCAGCUGCUGACAGAGGGAAGCCCAGAAGCCCAAAGAGGCUUUUUUUUUUUAAUCAUUUAUGGGAUUUUAAUUUAACUUGAUGUGCAUUUUUAAAGGUUAUACAAACACCAUUUUAAACAACCCAUUUCACAUGAAGGUAGAGUGGAGUAAUGGUACCCUGAGCAGAGAACUGAAGAAUGUGCGUACACGUUGAGAAAAUUUCACAAUCCGGUAUGAAGUGUGCAGGUGAACGCGACUUUCGCAGAAUUUCGCUCGACCAAGCCAACGUUCUCUGACCGAGGAAGAGAAGACACCAUAACCCACGAAGGGAAGAUUUGGUAGAAGCCAAACAGACUUCUUAAAUUGUAUUGUAUUGAUAAUACGGUAGCCCAAAGAGUUUCUGUCAAACCACAAUGAGUGGACAGAAAAAUUGGUGUCAUAAAUCGAUGAAGUUGAACUGAUCAUGUUUGUUCUCUCUUUACACUGUAAAACUUUAAAAAAAAUUCCAAGAAUCCAGAUUUUGCUGGCAAUUUCAAUUUCUCAAGAUUUUUCUCGUCGUUGGUCAUCAGUGUAGCUAUAAUAAUGUUAUGGUACAUAAUAUUGGUAAUAAUUGGUGAAUAACAGUGAUGUCAGUGAGUCCGAGUGAAAUGCCAUUUAAAAAAAAAAUCUAAAUAUCCAGAAGAUUUGAAGUAUUUUCUGGUUGUUUCGUUACAGACAAAAUCCUGUUUGAUGAAAAUAAAAAGAUGUUUUUUCAGAGA